AUGCCGACAUGCCGAGGUGAGCAAGGUUACGAACGUGUGUACUUCGCGUUGCGUCUUCUGGGCAUUUUUGGGAGACAAUUUACCUUCUUCGUGUGAUUUUUGGAGGAUUUUCGGCCUCUGGUUUCUCCGUGCUUUAGAAUUUUGGCGACGCGGAGGUGCUAUGGCGGCCGCCCGGCGUGUUGGAAGGGCCGACUGAGGCCUGGGUUCCGGCAGCUACUCCAGCACGAGCGGGGCAAUACAAUGGCCAGCGGCAACAGCAGUGGCAUUGGGUCCUCGCUGUUCAGAGGGGCGCUCCACGGCAACACCAGCAACACCAACAACCAGUCUGGUCACCAGGUCAACACAAGUCACCACCACCACCACCCCCAGCAGCAGCAGCACCAUCACCACCACUCCGUCACCCUUCACAGUCAGCAGGGGGUUGGGGUCUCGGCUCAGGGUUCCCACCAGGGCCAGUCGCAGCCGCCACCCCCUCCGCAGCCCCAGCCCCAGGCUUCCAUGGGAUCUUCGUCCUUCAGCUCUGAAGAACCACGGCAAGCAAGGGGAACGCCUGGAGUGAGAGAGAGUCCUGAUCACAUGUCAACAUUGAUGGCCAAACUCUGGUUUGACCACAAUGUAGAGUCCUCACUCUCCUCGCUAAAGAAGGAGGAACAUGAGAAGCGCACCAAGGACUUGCGCAAGCAGUUGGAGUACAUCGCAGACACCAACUGGAAGUACUUACCCGUUGAGAAGUACAUAGGGCAGCAGUAA